AGUCAACACAGGGCAAAGCACACUGUGGGAAGGGACAGACUCUGGGCUUGAGUUUGACAACGCAUUUAUUGGUGAGCUUUUAAGACUUUAAGACUUUGAAUCAGUAUUACCGGCACCUUACAGUACCUCCUGAAACAGAGGCACAGAGGGGGAGAGGGGACGAAAGGGAGAUAGGCAGAGGUUGUGCUGCAGACCAGGGCUGAGGAGAGGACAGCAUGUCUGUGACCGGAGGCAGCAGGGCUGUGGGGGCCUCCUCGCCGGACGAGCCCAGUGCCAAGCUGUUCUGCUGCGGCCCUCUGAGACGCUGGGUCCCUCUGGCCAUCCGGGAAGAGCUCUACUACAUCUUGCGCAUGACUGGACCUCUGAUGUUAUACCGUGUUCUGAAUUUCCUGACACCAUUUUUUGUGACAAUGUUCUGUGGUCGCCUGGGGAACACUGUACUGGCUGGCUAUGCCAUGGCAUCAGUGAUAAUAAGUGUAUCAACUUUAGCAACAGGAGGGGGACUAAUCCUUGCAUGUAACACUUUAGUAUCUCAGACGUUUGGGGGGAAGAACCUGCUGCGUGUGGGGGUGAUCCUGCAGAGGAGUGUCCUGAUCCUGCUGCUCUUCUGUCUGCCCUGCUGGGCACUGCUGGUCAACUCCCAGGCCAUCCUGCUGGUGCUGGGACAGGACCCCGAGGUGGCCAGGAUAGCGCAGAUCUAUGUGAUUGCAGUGUUACCUGCUGUUCCGGCAAUUUUCUUACACCUCUUGCUGGUAGCUUAUCUUCAAAAUCAGGGUGUAAUUCUGCCACAGGUCUACAUGAGUGCUGUCGCAGCUGUGGGCACCUUGCUGAUAAACUAUAUUUUAGUGUCCUGGCUGGACCUUGGGGUCCCAGGUUCUGCUGCAGCCAACUCAGUUGCUCAGAUCAUCAGCUGUAUUCUUUUAUUGUCUUACAUAAUCUGGAGGAAGCUGCAUGUUAAAACCUGGGAUGGCUGGACCAUGGAAUGCCUCCAGGAGUGGGGCUCUUUCAUGAGGCUGGCCAUCCCCAGUGCCUUCAUGUUUUGUCUAGAGUGGUGGGUGUAUGAAUUUGGAGGAUUCUUUGCCGGUAUGUUGAGUGAAGAUGAAUUGGCGGCACAGCACGUGGUCAUGAUGCUAGGGUUUCUAAAUUAUAUGAUUCCUCUAAGCAUCCAGGGAGCCGCGUGUGUGCGUGUGGGGAAUGCACUGGGUGCUGGAGAUACCAAUAGGGCCAUCAGAACCAGUAAAAUAUGUCUUGCCCUCACAGCUGUGUUUGCGGUGUUUCAGGGUGUUAUUCUAGCCUCCACAAAGUCAGUCAUUGGCUUUAUUUUCACUUCAGAUGAGAAAAUUGCAAAGUUGGUCUCUGGAGUUCUCAAUGUUUAUUGUUUCUCACAGUUCUUAGAUGGACUUGUGUGUGUGUCUAUGGGUAUUCUCCUUGGUGCAGGACGACAGAGGAUAGCUGCUGUUGCUAAUCUCUUUGGCUACUACUGCAUAGGGCUUCCUGUUGGAAUUGCACUUAUGUUUACUGCAGGACUACGAGUGGCCGGCUUUUGGCUCGGCCUGUUGAUCUGUGUCUGUGUUCAAGUGACAUUUUUCCUCACUGUCAUCUUCAAAAUGAACUGGAAGAUUAUAACCAAGGAGGCAGUCGCACGUGCAGGGGUGAAUGCCUACGCAGACCUUAUGCCUAGACCUGAACAGCUUCCCCUGGAGAAUAACAGAGAGACAGAGAACGGCCAUUGGUCUGUGGUGCUGCAGGAGGUGCAGAAGGCUCAUGGCAGUGAGAGACGGCAGCCUGCUGCUCUGCUCUCCCCCUCUCAGCUCCUCCUCAGGAGAGGCCUCUCUGUGCUGACUCUCCUCCUCAUCCUCGGUGUGGGAGUCACAGUCCACUUCCUCCUGCCUCUACCCGAGUCCUACUGGAGCUCAAGAACCAAUGGCACCAUGGACGCUGGAAACUGGACCACUGCCAACCCACUGGAACAAAGUACAAUGCUGAUGUAGACCAAAGGGAUUAGGCCUGACAAGAUGCUAAAUGUACAUACAGUAUGUACAGUACACUUGUGCCUAUGGCAAACUACUCUUUUUUAAAAUAAACUUUCCAAGUUUCACCUAUA